UAAUGUGGGAUUUGCUAUCAGUGAAUGAUCGUGAAAUUUUAGGAAAUUUCGUAAGAGCCUGUUCCUUGUUGGUUUGCCGAAUCAUUAAUACCAAUAAAAUAAAUGAGGCCCAUAACAGAUUACUCAAAAUUGGUCAACUCAUUGAAGAACAUUAUGGUGAAAAUUUAAUUACACCAAAUAUACACCUUUCUUUGCAUAUAGCCGAAUGCUGUCGUGACUAUGGUCCAAUAUACUCUUUUUGGUGUUAUUCGUUUGAACAAAUGAAUGGGAUCUUAGGUAAAUAUUUUAAUAAUGAAUGUCUCGGAUUUUAAUUAAUAUAUCAUAAAUUUGCCCUUUAGAUUCCUAUCCCAAUUCAAAACGAUAUAUUGAACCGGAAUUGCUAAGAAUUAUUGUGCAGAAUUGCAGAAUCAAUGAUCUUAAUUCAAUCGGGCAACCAGAAGCUUGUUAAUGGUCUUAAGUUAAUUGAACCUCGGCAAACAACUGGUUCAUUAGCGGUAUAUGAUGACCUCAGAUUAGAAGAAUUGGUGCAGUUCAAAUGGAUUUUUUGCAGCGAAUUAGAAGAUACGAUCACUGGCAGUGAAAUUUAUCCGGACAAUUUAUUAAGUCCAAUUAAAAACCGUGUUGAUUUACCCGACAAUUUGUAUGAACAGUUGAUUACUUAUUAUAAUGAAGUUUAUGGUGAAAAGAUGGAUGUUGAAUUCGGCUCCAUGUCAAAUCUGAUCAGUCGAGGUUUACAGAAUAAUUCGUAUGUAGUUGUUCAACCAAUAAUUAAUCAAUGCGGAAGAAUUCAAGUGGCAGCUGAAAUUUUUAGAUCCGCGCUAGCACCUCGAUAUAAGAAAAAUUCUUAUAUUUUAGCAAAAUUUACCCAAGAUAACGAAUCGAUUGAAUUAUACCCAGGAAUGGUGCAAUUUUAUUUCGAGCAUGUAUUGCGACUUCCAACUAUUGGUGAAAGAACGCACAAACUUGCUUACGUCAAAUGGUACCUACCGGUUAAUGAUCAUCGAAUUAGAUUUUACUGCCGAGCUGAACAGGAUGAUGACCGCAGUGUUAAUAUUGAACUCUGAAAACUUAAUGAAUUUUAUGAAAUGUCUCGUGAUAGUAUAAUUCCAAUUCAUAAUAUUUAUAGCCGGUUUAUUCCUACUAAUUUUACAAUCGGAACAAAUAACAAUAAAAAUAACAGCAGAAGGAAGGCAAAAACUUAUAUGGCAGUAGUACCGAUUAAUAGGAAGUUCCAUUUAUAAUUUCUAUUAUUAAUAAAUCGUAAUAAAUCAGUUAUUUUAUUUUAU